AUGGCGGCGGGCAGAGUCACACAGAAGAGGCGGACGUGGUGCUGCUGGACUCUCUUGCCCCCGUCCCCCCAACUUCUCUUCCUCCUUGUAUCCCUUCAUCCAUCCCUCCCUUCGUCUGCUCCUCCCUUCCUCCAUGCCGCCUCCUCGUCGCUGCUUGACGCAUCGCCCUCUCAUCGCCUUCGCCUCCACCGCCACCUCGCCGCCUUUAGGGACGAAACUGGCUGUCCUUCCCUUGUCUCCACUUUCCUCCAUGUCCGCUUCUCCCUGCAUGCGUCUCAACCUUGUCCUCUCCCCCCUGUCCUCCGCUCUCCCCCCUUGUCCUCUCCCCCCUGUCCUCCUCUCUCCCUUCCUUUCCCUCAUGUACCAACUUCCUUUCCCUUAUUGAUCCCCCCUCUAACCCCUCAUUCCCUUCCUUCCUUUCCGCCUUCCCUCCGUUUCUCCCCUUUCUUCCCCGUUGCUCUAGCUUUCCCCCCUUGCGUGCCUUCAUUUCCCCCACUGCUUCCCCUCUUUCCCCCCCUGCUUCCCCCCAAUCCCCCUCCUCCCCUUUCCCCCGGGACGAAGCCGUGCCUUCACAAGUUUGGUGGCGCAAGGGUGCAGCAGCAGGGGCAAGAGUACAUAGAGGAGUUGAAACAAUACGGUAAGAGGAGUGGUGGGACACUGUUUUGA